UUAUUCGCCCCUCCCCUCCAAUUGAGAUGGGUCUCCUGGGGUUUCGAAGGAGGUGGUUUUCUUUCUCUCCUCCUCCCUUUGGGGUUUAGACAGGCGACAGAUGCUUAUUCCAACCAGAGGCCAGGAAGGAAGGAAGAGUUAGUCGGAAGAUCCCUCCAUCCCUCAACAGCAAGGCCAAGCCAGACCGGUUGACUGACCAUCAUGUCCAACAACAUGGCCAAGAUCGCCGAAGCCCGCAAGACGGUGGAGCAGCUCAAGUUAGAAGUGAACAUCGAUCGCAUGAAGGUAUCCAAGGCAGCAGCUGAUCUCUUGGCAUAUUGCGAAGCCCAUGGCAAGGAAGACCCCCUGGUGACCCCCGUCCCGUCUUCGGAGAACCCGUUUCGGGAGAAGCGUCUCUUUUGUAUUGUGCUGUAAACCCAAAUAUCGGGGAGGAAGGCUUCCAAAAUCUGUCCUUUUUCGAAGACAUCCUUGGCAUGAAGCAUAAAGUGGAGUAGAAACCCUAGGAUUAAAUAGGAGGGGAAAGUAUAUGUAUGUACGCAUGUAUGUUUGUUUGUGUAUACUUUACUGUCCUUAUGCAAUAUCUAUAGUUAGUAUUUUCAGA